AUGCCGGAGACCAGGGAGCCCUCGCGCAGGACCUCGCAGGGGCCGCUAGCCGCCUCCUGCGCCCGCCGAGUCUUCAGAGAUUCUCCGGAGAAGGUAAGAGUGAGGCUGCGCCUGCGCUCAGGCACAGGGCCUCCGGGACGCCCUUGGGCUCCGGGAGGCUGCGGUGGAGCGAACCUUGGCCCGCGCGUCGCGUCGAGCGGCGGUAAAGCGGCGGCGGCGGCGGCGGCGGCUGUGGGAGGAGUCGAGCGGGUGGAGCCGGCCGCUCUCGCUGCUGCGGCGCUGGCUCCCCAGAUCAAUAUUCUUCUUCAUAAGCAAAUCAGCCGGGAAAAGAAUGAGAGAACCAAGGGGCAGGAUCUGCAUCUUAUUCCUUUUUGUAUUCAGAGUACCUUGCAGCUUAAAUCCACCAAGACCAUUAUUUACUCUAGAGAAAACAGGCUUGUGAAGGAAAAAUGUGGACAUCACUUUGGACCCCUGCUGAAAGACUUUAUCCUGGAUCGUGUCAGCCCAAGGGAGUUCAUCCUGGUAGGACUUACAGACCAAAGUCAACUCCAGAUACCCCUCUUCUUCCUCUUCUUAUUGAACUGUAUGGUCACUGUGGUAGGGAAUUUGAGCUUAAUUAAUCAGAUAUGCCUGAACUCUCAUCUUCACACUCCCAUGUAUUUUUUGGUCUUCAACCUGUCCUUCAUAGAUCUCUGCCACUCCUUGGUCAUUACGCCUAAACGGCUGAUGAGCUUUGUGUCAGAGAACAUCAUCUCCUUUGCAGGGUGCAUGACUCUGUUGGGUUUUUCUUUCUGUUUCCUUGUCCAUUCUGAAUGCUAUGUGUUGACAGCCAUGGCCUAUGAUCGCUGUGUGUCCAUCUGUAAGCCCCUUUUGUACACAGUCACCAUGUCCCCUCAGGUCUCUUCUUUGCUGAUGUUUGGUUCAUAUGUAAUGGUGUUUGCCAGUGCUGUGGCCCACACAGGGCACAUGGUCAGAUUAUCCUUUUGUGAUUCCAGCAUCACCAACCAUUACAUGUGUGACAUCUUCCCCCUCCUCCAGCUGUCCUGCAGCAGCACGGAUGCCAGUGAGCUGGUGGAUUCCAUUAUUGUGAGCACAGUUGUAAUAAUAUGUAGCUUCAUUAUUUUUGUUUCUUAUGCUUUGAUCCUCUCCAGUAUCCUCCACAUCUCAUCAGCUCAGGGUUGGUCCAAAGCCCUCAGUACUUGUGGCUCCCACAUAAUAACUGUUGCCCUCUUCUAUGGUUCUGGGUUGUUUACACAUCUCAAGACCUUUUCUGAUGGUUCUGUGGGCCAGGGGGAGUUCUUCUCAGUAUUUUAUACCAAUGUAGUCCCCAUGUUGAACCUCCUCAUCUAUAGUCUAAGGAACAAGGAUGUCAAACUUGCUCUGAAGAAAACCCUAAAGAGAGUUGCGAACUAA